AUGUCGCGCAUUAUAGUGAAGCAGCUGCCCAAGCAUAUCACCGAGGACAAACUGCGUCAGAUUUUCGGUGCCCAGGGAACAAUUACGGAUCUGCAGCUGAAAUACACGCCCGAUGGCAAAUUCCGGCAGUUCUGCUUCGUGGGCUACAGCUCCGAGGCGGAGGCCCAGUCGGCCAUCCAACACUUCAACAACACCUGCAUCCAGACCAGCCGGGUGCGCGUCGAAUCCUGUGCCGCUUUGGGCAGCGAGGAGAAGCCCCAAUCCUGGAGCAAGUACGCCAAGGACAGCAAGAAGAACCUGGAAAAGUUAAAAGCCAAGGAGGAGGAGGAGGCGGCUGCCAGGGAGGCCAAGGAUGCCAAGAAAAAGAACAAGGAGAAGAAGCUGGACAAAGUGGAGCAGAUUCUGGGCAGGCACAAGGAUGAUCCCGAGUUCCAGGAGUUUCUGCAGGCGCACGACAAGUCGCGCACCCUGUGGGGCAACGAUUUGGGCGUGGCCAGCAACCAGGAAGAGGAGCAGCAGGAUGGUGAAGAUGAAGAUGAGGAGGAGCCACCAGCUGGCAGGGAUGACAGUGGCGUGGAUGCCGAUGCAGGGGAAGAUGACCAAGAGGAGGAGGAGGAAGACGGCGACACCAGCAAGCUGGCCGAGAAGCCCAUCAGCGAUCUGGAGUACAUGAAAUCCCUGAUGGCGGCACCCACAUCCUCCUCCAAGGGAGCAACCAAAAGCAAAACCAAGUCGGACAAAUCCAACCUGGAGCUGUUCACCAUCAAGAUUCACAAUGUGCCGUACAACACGAAGCGCCAGGAGGUGCUCAAGUUCUUCAAGCCGCUGAAACCCUAUUCCGUGCGUCUCCCCAGCAAAGUGCACGGCUUCUGCUACGUGGGCUUCAAGACGGAAAAGGACAUGGCCAAGGGGAUGCUGAAGAACAAGAGCUUCAUCAAGGGCAAGCAGGUCUUCUUCUCCGACUUUACCGAGAAGAACAAGGUGACCAAGGCGAACAAGAGUGGGCAACCCGUAACGAACGCUGGGGAGGCGACAGGCAAUGCCAAGUGGAAGCACCAGCAGGACAGUUUGUCCAAGGAGGACGACAUCUCCGAGUCCGGCCGCAUAUUCUUUCGCAAUCUGGCCUACACCACCACGGAAGAGGAGCUCCGCAAGCUGUUCGAGCAAUUUGGUCCAGUGGUGGAGGUCAAUCUUCCCGUCGACAAGCUGACGCGAAAGAUCAAGGGCUUCGGCACGGUGACCUACAUGAUGCCGGAGCACGCCCUCAAGGCGUUCAACAGCCUGGACGGCACGGAUUUCCAUGGCCGCCUGUUGCACCUGCUGCCCGGCAAGGAUAUCGAAAAGAAUCCGCAGGAGGAGCUGGACGAAAACGAUGCCAGUCUGUCGUUCAAGGAGAAGAAGGCGCUGAAGCUGAAGAAGAGCGCCCAGAAGCCAAUUGGCUGGAAUACCCUGUUCCUGGGUGGCAAUGCGGUUGCCGAAAUACUGGCCAAGCAAUUCAAGACCUCCAAGGAGCGCAUUUUGGACACCAGCGACGGUGGCAGCGGUGCCGCCGUGCGUUUGGCUCUCGGCGAAACCCAAAUAGUCAUCGAGAUGAAGCGUUUUCUCGAGGAGGAGGGCGUCCGGCUGAAUGCCUUCGAUGAGCCGGCCAAAAAGCGUUCCAACACUGUGAUACUGGCCAAGAAUCUGCCGGCGGCCACCGAAACCUCCGAGCUAACGCCCAUUUUCAGUCGCUUUGGUCCGAUUGGCAGGAUUGUCCUUCCGCCCAGCGGCGUUACGGCGCUCAUCGAGUUCUGUGAUCCACUGGAGGCGAGGCAGGCCUUCAAGAAGCUGGCCUACAGCAAAUUCAAGAAUGCCCCGCUCUAUUUGGAGUGGGCACCCGAGCAGGUCUUCACCAAGACGCUCAGCGGCGAGCCGGUGAUUCCCAAAACGGAACUUAAGGAGGAGGAAAAGCCAGAGAAGCCAGAGGUUAAGAAGGUGGAGGAAAAGGAGGAGGAGGAGCAGAAGCCUCUUGCAGAAGAUGCCGAUGAUGAACCGGAACCAAACACCACCCUCUUCCUGCGCAAUCUGAACUUCAAGACGGUGCAGGAGACGGUGGAGCAGCACUUCCGCCACCUGGGCACCAUUCACACCGUGGAGAUAGCCAAACGCCGGGAUCCCGAGAAUCCGCGCAACUUCAAUUCCCUGGGCUAUGGCUUCAUUCAGUUCAAAAAGAACUCGGUGGCCGAGCAUGCGCUCAAGAACCUGCAGCUCACCCACAUCGAUGGCAAUCCCGUGGAGCUCAAGCGCAGCGAUCGGGUGCUCAAAACCCAAGACAACGAGGGAGCACAACGUCGACUGGCCUCGCAGAAGAAGCAAACUGGCACCAAGAUCCUGGUGCGGAAUAUUCCCUUCCAGGCGCAAUACCGCGAAGUUCGAGACAUAUUCAAGGCCUUUGGCGAGCUGCGUUCUCUGAGGAUUCCCAAGAAGGCCACCACCGGCGAGGAGGCGCAUCGCGGCUUCGGCUUCGUUGACUACAUGUCCAAGGCGGAGGCCAAGCGUGCCUUCGAUGCUCUGAGCGCCAGUACCCAUUUGUACGGCCGCCGUUUGGUCCUCGAGUGGAGCGCCAACGAUGACAACCAGGACGUGGAGGAGCUGCGCAAGCGAACGGCGGCCAAAUUCGGUGAUAGCCAGGCGGCAGCGUCGGCGAAACGCAGCAGGAAAUCCUUCUUCGAUGUGGAGGGCAGUGUGCAGCCAAAUCAAGAUGAUGACGACGAAGAGGAGGAACGAUGAUGAUAAUCCCCCGUAGUUAGUUAGCUUAAAGUUUGAUUCAGAUGUAUAAAGUACAAGAUGUAAACAAAAAUAUAAAUUAUAAUUUUAUAAAAUCAAAUGGAGA